AUGACUUCUGAAGUGGCAAAUGCUGCCGAAAAUGUGGAUAAUAAAUUAGUAAGAUCGUUAAUUUCGGACGCAUACGAUUAUACGUUAACGUUGAAGCCAUCUAAAGGGAAUGCCGUAUCCAGACAUCUCAAGUAUCUAUCGAUAUUCAGCAGCUUGAAACUGAAGCUUAUGGGAGGUUUCAGUGAUUUCGAGGCCUAUGGGAGAAUCGAAACAGUUGAAUUGCCGAGUGUUUUUGUGGCGGUUAUACGGGAAUUUGAGGUGUACGCUGGUGAACGUUCUGGGCUGGAUGCUGAGCAUGAUGGUGUACAUGUUCUCGACUUGAUAGCAAAUUGCUUUCUGGAGUUAAUGAUUGUUCACGGAAAGAAACUCGCUAAGAAGAAGUCGGGCCCGACAACCUCAAUUUUUCCGUUGAGUAAAGAGGAGCGAAUAAAUAUUCUAAAGGCAUUGAUCCCGUAUGAGUUCUCAUCUUCAAACAGCUUCUGGAAGAAGGCGAAUUUCGCUCUGGGUCUAUUCACAAUUCCUCAGCUGGUUGUUUCGACAAUACUGCAGGCAGUCAAAGAGGGAUGGGCGAGUUUCAUUUCGGUGAAAUUUAUAAUGCACGAAUCACGAUUUUCGUCCUACAUCAAGGAUCCAUCAAUAUUACGCUAUGCGGCCUUCAUGGGUGCGUUGAAACCGAGCACAGUUGAGCAGUUUGCGGCGUUGAAUCGAUCCACUCCCUUCAGAACACAAUGUAAAAAGAUUAUUUAUGAAUUAGAAGAGAUCGCUGGCUCUAAGGAACGAUGGACACUUGAAAAAGAUAAAAUUCGAAUGAAUUCAUCGUCGUACAGACAGUAUUUGGGUAGGAAACCGUUUGAAUAUAACGACUUCAAAGCAUCAAUAAAUUAUCUGGUGAAGAGUUUGAAAGGUGAAGAAGAGAUUCCAUCGGAUGAUCGAAUAGAUUUGGGUUGGGCACGUGUAGCGAUCAAGAAGAGUGCGGCUCGUCAUUACUUGGAUGGAACAUGGAAGGCUGAAAAUAUGCACGAAGUAUUGUGGACAAUAUGCGUACAACGACCCGAGUUGAGGACAUUCGUUUUCGAGCAUUUGAUCAAGAAAUACAAUCAGGUUCCUGAAGCGCAUAAGUGGAAAACGUUCAAGGCCGCUCGUUAUAACAGAACUGAAAUUAAAUCCAAAUUUGACACAAUCAUCGAUCCUUUAACAGCAAACCCGCCAUUUGUAAGUUUUCCAGCAUGUGUCAAUUCAAUAACGAUGGUUGAUACUGUUGAUAAACUGAAAGUGGUCGAAGAUCAAUUGUAUAAUUGUUCGAUUGGGAAUUAUCCAUUUGUUGGCAUUGACGCAGAAUGGUCAUCGUAUGUCUCGUUUAGCAAAGCCACAAUAUUCCAGUUGGCUUUUCGCACAGAGGUGUUCGUUGUUGACCUGGAUGCAUUCGGUUCGAAAGCUGCUUCACAAGCAUUGUCGAGUUUUUUCGAUAAACUUUUCCAUAAUGAUGCAAUCAAGAAGAUUGGAUAUCAUUUCACAGAGGAUUUGAUACAGUUACGGCAUGCAGUCACAAAAUCAGUUGCUUUAUAUCAUCCAGCUAAUCUGAUUUGUAUUGAUCGCUUAGUGCAAGUGUUAAAAACCGAGAGUAUCAAACAAAAAGGCGUUGAUCUAGAAGGUGUUUUUUGGCCACUUCGAAAGUGUGAACUAGAAGGCAGUGAACAACUGGAAAACACGGAAGAAGUAGCAGAAGAGCCACAACAGCAGACUCCAGAUAGUGAUAGCAAUGGAAUUGCUCUUGGCCAAGAGAAUGAGAUCGAGCAAAAUGCGAAUUGUUGUGAAGAGGAGGGAAGUAACCAUUUGUUGAUGGAUCCAGCAAACGACUUGCAAGUCGCACAAGAUGGACAAACCAGCACUGAGAUGUGUGGAGAUAAAAAGAUGGCAAGUGAAGAAAAAGGGACAGAAAUGAAUGUUAGUGAUAUGGAGGAACAAUCGGUGUCAUCGCAAGCGAACCAUGAGAACGAAGUAACAGAGUCCAGGUCGAACAUCGGAAAACAAGAACCGAAAGACGAGAACGAAAGGAGAAGCCAGCUGGAACGACCAAUAAGAGGGUUGUCGGCGUUGUGUGAAUGUGUUUUGGGGAAGGCGUUGGAUAAGAGUGAGCAGUGCUCGGUGUGGGAUCGUCGUCCAUUACGCUGCUUACAGUUACGAUACGCUGCGUUGGAUGCGUAUUGUAUGUUAAUGUUAUUCGAUCAAUGUGUGGAAUGGUCGAAGAGACUGAAUAUGGAUAUCAAUGAGGUGUGCAAUCAACAAGGACAAAUACGUUGUCAUUUACCGUUAUUAUGGGAAGACGAAGGAGUAGUUGAUAAUUAG